GCGCCCCGCCCCUCGGCGCUCCAGGUGCGGCGGAGGGACCGGCCGCGGUCCGGGCCGGGCGGCGGCGGGCGGCCGGCACCAUGGCCGAGUCGCAGCUGAGCUGCCUGGACGAGGCCCACGUGAACGAGCGGGUGACCGAGGCGCACGCCGCCUUCUACUACUGCGAGCGGCGGCGGGCGGCGCUGGAGGCGCUGCUGGGCGGCGGCGAGCGGGCCUACCGGGAGCGGGUCCAGCGGGAGCGGCUGCGGGACUUCCUGUCCAGCCACGAGCGCCUGGCCCUCCGCGCCGCCUGGAGCCCCUACGAGGACGCCGCCGCCGCCGCCAGCCCCGCCGCCCGCGGCAAGGCCAAGGCCAAGGCCAAGGCCAAGGCCCCUUCGCCGCCGCCGGCCGCCGCAGCCGAGCCCAGGGAGUCCCUGGCCUACUGGCCCGACCGCUCCGACACCGAGGUGCCCCCGCUGGACCUGGGCUGGACCAACACCGGCUUCUACCGCGGCGUGAGCCGCGUCACCCUCUUCACCCACCCCCCCAAGGAGGAGAAAGCGCCCCACCUCAAGCAGGUGAUCAGGCAGAUGAUCCAACAGGCCCAGAAGGUCAUUGCCGUGGUCAUGGACCUCUUCACCGACGGCGACAUCUUCCAAGACAUUGUGGACGCUGCCUCGAAGCGCCGGGUGCCCGUGUACAUCCUCCUGGACGAGCCGGGCGUGAAGUAUUUCCUGGAGAUGUGCCAGGGCCUGGAGCUCACGGACUACCGCAUCCGGGUUCACCUGGAGCUCCUCGUACGUGGACAGGAACCUCCUGCUGCUCCUGACGGGCCAGAACGUGGAGCCCUUCGACGUGGAGUUCCGGGAGCUGUACGCCAUCUCCGAGGAGGUGAACCUGCACCAGCAGCUGGGCCUGGCCGGAGGGGCGGGCGCAUUCGGCCCCUACUCCUCCUCCACCGUGGCCCGCAAGCUCAUCAACCCCAAGUACGCCCUGGUGUCCGCCAGCCGCCACCCGCCCGGGGAGAUGAUGCGCUGGGCCGCCCGGCAGCAGCGGGAGGCCGGCGGCGGCCAGGAGGAGGACAGCCCGAGCGGCGAGUCGGCCCAGCGCCUGGAGAACUUCCUGCACGACCUGGUGACGCUGGAGCAGGUGCUGCCCCCCGUGGAGCCCGUGCCCAUGGGGGAGCUGAGCCGCAAGGGCAGGGCGGCUCCCCUGCGCGGGGACCCGAAGGCGCGGGAGGCCCUCGCCCAGAACGGCAAGGGAGAGGCGCUCAACGGGGACGCGGCCCAGGCCAAGGGGGGCAAGCGCUUCAGCUACCGGCUCUUCAGCCACCGCGCCAAGCGGCCCGCCGCGCCCAACGGCAUGGCCGGCUCCCUCUCCACCGAGAACUUCGCCGAAGUGGAGUUCAAGGGCAAGAGGCCCAACGACGGCUCCGGCGCCAACGCCUCAGGGAAAUCGAGUCCCAGUCCUGCCAAGGCCAGCAACUGCGUGAUCUCCUGAGCCGCGGGCCCGCGGGGGCCAGGACCCGGCCGCCCCGCCGCCCGUCCUGUGGCGAACACAGGUCAAACCCUGCACCAGUUUGCACACCGGGCCCCUCCUGUCCUCCUGCCCGGCAGCCUCCGCCCCGGCCUCAGGGAGCCUGCGCCCCACAUCUGCCCCCUCCCCCGGCGGCCACGCGCCGCCACGCGACUACGGGUGCCUGGGCAGGGGUCGCUCCUCCUUGUUUACAUGAAGUGGAAGCUUGACUGGUGUCCUCUCUCCUUUAUGCCCGACUCCCUCCGCCCACGAGGCCAGCCUCGCCCCGCAGGGCCCCAGAGGGGGUGAGCCCGUAUCUUUCUGCCUCGAUGUGGUGGGCUCUCCCGGGCAGCCCCAGGCCCUGGCUCCUCCUCUCCCGGGCGUCCUGGUGCUUCUGGUCCCCCGGCAGGUUUGAUGGAAUACAAGGGGAGAAGACGGGCCUUCGAACUGAAGGCAGAGGAUCCUGGGUCAGCUAGGGCGCCGGCUCAUGUGGCCUCCCGGGCGGUCCCUGCGGCUCCCGCUCUGGACCCUGAUGGCGUGAGGAUAAGACCGCCCUCGGGAGGCAGCGGCAGACGUGGAUGCUGAGGGCUCCUUCCCUCACUCGGCUCCAUCUUAGAGCUCUCUGCCUGGGGUCCAGACCUCCUUGGCUGUUGCCCCCUGUAAGCCAUGAUGGGGUUUUGGAGUGCCUUCACCUGGGGCUGCUCCCUCCCCCAAUGUGCCUUGAUUUGCAGCCCAAAGCUUGGCCAAUCUAGAUUCUGGUGGCCUCCCCCCGCCCCCGAGAUGGCCCUUCACCCCCAUCACCAGCCAGGACUCAGGUUCCUCGUCUGGUUACAUUUCAGCCAAAGACCAGCCUUAGCCCCCUGCCGAAAGGCGGACUGGUUAGGGCCCUCGGCCUCUCCACAGGGCCUGAUUACCAUGGUGCCAGGCCAGCAGCCCUGCCUGGAGUCACAUCCCACCCUCACCACUGUGUGACGGGGGUCUGCGGGGAGAGUUUGCCCAUGCACACUUGAGAAAUUGCCAAACUGCAGGCUCAGCAAGCGGCCCCCACCCCCACCCCGGCAGGCGCUGGGGGGUCAGAGCCAGCGCUGUGAACCCUGAAUGCACCAGGCCUCUCACUUCUGAACCAAA